AUGGCACCGACGCCCGGCGAGGAUCGUCAUACUUCGUCUUCAGCUUCGUGUGUGAGUCCCGAAGGCGGCAUGUCCUUCCGCGAGGGGAAAGUCGGCUUCCUUGGGCCUACGAGCUAUUCCGCGAUCUUCACGGAAAAUCCCAACAGUCUCGGAGCCAGUGAUCCCGAUGAUGUCCUCGAAGAGACUCCUGCCAUAGCGCCUAUCUCUGCCGACAAGAUCCAGCGUGGAGCUGAGAUACUGGCUCUUCUGCGAGACAUCCCAUUGUACGAGAAAUUUACGCAGCGGUUCUAUGAUCUUUGUGACGGUAUACUGGUUAUGCAGCCAGCGCAUCGCAUUUGGGUCGAUGAGCUGUGGUCUGAGUUUGGACGUUUGCUAAUGGAGGGCAAGCCUGAUCAGCUGCGCAGCUUGUCCGAGCUUGUUUGGCGGAACACGCUGAAGCCCAUGCAAGUGCAUGGUCAGACGACUGCACAACAAUGGGCUAGAUGUGCCUCUGGACGCUAUCUGAGGUGGGAGAUUGUGGGCAGCAUCUUGACCCAUACUGGCCUCACGGCCAUGGGCCUGAGUAAUUGGGACAGCAUCUUCGACAACAUCCGCGACCGCUACGUCGAUCGCGCAACCUUCGCCGAGCGCAUGCGCAAAGCUUCUGAGUUCUGUCUGUGUUUCUGCUACGAAGCUGAGGUACUAAAUGAGCUAUACCUAUGCUUCAUGUACGAAGACCUCAUACUGGUGGAGUGCCUCAAGGGUGACGCGCAUUACGCAGCGUGGCAACGCACCGGCGAAGUCUGUGACGCGGUCGUGGCAAUGGGACUCCAUCAAGGCAAUCCAGUUGACGCGGAGACACCUUUCUUCCUUUCACAGCUGCGAAAGAAGAUCUUCGUCUCUGUGUACGGCAGAGACAAGGUCAUCGCCACUUUCCUGGGCAGACCACCAAGGCUCUCACAUCGAUACUGCAAGAUGGAAAUCCCUCUGGACUUAUCCGACAACGAGCUUUUCUCCACUGCGCCAGAGUUGGAAUUAGCAGUAUCUAAGCUCGAUGCCAAUGGUUGGAACACUAGCGGUGAGUUGAGCAGAACGACAUGGCAAAGAGUCUGGUUUCAACACUGCCAAGUCCGCGAAGAUAUCCUGGAGAUUGCACUCGGCUCGCAAAUGGAAGACAUCACCUACAAAGCUGAACAAGUACGUCUUAAGCUCGACCGUAUGCACGCCAAUUACCCGGCAUUCAUGUCCGUUACACCAGAGGAGGUCAUGAACUGCGCCGAUGUGCAGCUGGGUACCGGGUUCGGAUUCGCUCGAUCCGAGAAGCACAUGCGGCAGGUCAAUACGCUCUUCAUCAUAUGUAUACACAGUGGGAUUGCUCAUACCGAGUUUCUGCUACAGCGGGCCAUGGUCAAUCGACGUAAUAUGGGCUACAAGGAGUUGAUACCAAUCUCGCGCAGAAUACUCAAGCUAGUGUUGCUCGCGCAGUCACGUCGGGACUUUUUCAGGGACUUCCAGGGUGAUCUUGUGUAUCUGUGUGCCUUCCACGGCCUGCCAACGGCCGGCGUCCUCGCGAUCGAGCUCCUCAAACAGGAGCAAUCACGGCAGUUCACACCCGAUAUACUGCCCAGAUCCGAAACGAUACAGGACCUGAGCGUCUUCAUCUCCGCUCUCGGUGCCGUCUCGCCUGGCGAAGGCAACUACAACAUCUGCAACCAAGGGCGCCGCUCACUUCGACGCGUACUGGACCAGAUCCUCAGUCCGCAGCUGCCACCUCCAAUCACGCCAAGUGGUGAUCAACCAGCCUUCGAUGAGAUGAGUCUGUACUUCCCUACGGCUAACGAUGCGGAUUUUUUGUCGUGGUUGGAGAAUGUGGAGUGGGACAAGGCGCUUAUGCCGAGUUGA